AUGCUAGCCCCUCUGAACUGUGUCCUGCUAGUUCCAGCCUUAGGAGACCCGCCUGACGUCCCCGUGGAAGACCCGCCUGACGUCCCCGUGGAAGACCCGCCUGAUGUCCCUGUGGAAGACCCGCCUGACGUCCCCGUGGAAGACGCGCCUGACGUCCCCAUGGAAGACCCGCCUGACGUCCCCGUGGAAGACCCGCCUGAAGUCCCCGUGGAAGACCCGCCUGACGUCCCCGUGGAGGACCCUCCUCACCGAGGUGUUCAGUAUCCUGUCGUAGGUGACACCUCACCCUCUGUCCUACUAGGUCCUCAGUCUAUAGCCCCUAUAGUCCCAGUAGGUCCAGAGCAUCUUAGCCCUCAGUUCCCUGUUCACCAAUAUUACGCUUUAUAUACAUCACAGAAGAUUGAAAUAUAACAAAACCGUUUUAUGCAGAAACAUGUUUUAUUCAUUGUGAAAUAAUGAAAAAUAUUAACAUUCCAACCAUGAGGCCACUAGAGGGCGAUUUGGCCAUUUGACUGCAGGAAAGGGGUGUGCAGGUGUUGUGUAGAUGUACAGUGGGGGAAAAAAGUAUUUAGUAAUUUUCAUCAUAGGUACACGUCAACUAUGACAGACAAAAUGAGGAAAAAAAAAUCAAGAAAAUCACAUUGUAGGAUUUUUUAUGAAUUUAUUUGCAAAUUAUGGUGGAUAAUAAGUAUUUGGUCAAUAACAAAAGUUUCUAAAUACUUUGUUAUAUACCCUUUGUUGGCAAUGACACAGGUCAAACGUUUUCUGUAAGUCUUCACAAGGUUUUCACACACUGUUGCUGGUAUUUUGGCCCAUUCCUCCAUGCAGAUCUCCUCUAGAGCAGUGAUGUUUUGGUGCUGUCGCUGGGCAACACGGACAUUCAACUCCCUCCAAAGAUUUUCUAUGGGGUUGAGAUCUGGAGACUGGCUAGGCCACUCCAGGACCUUGAAAUGCUUCUUACGAAGCCACUCCUUCGUUGCCCGGGCGGUGUGUUUGGGAUCAUUGUCAUGCUGAAAGACCCAGCCACGUUUCAUCUUCAAUGCCCUUGCUGAUGGAAGGAGGUUUUCACUCAAAAUCUCACGAUACAUGGCCCCAUUCAUUCUUUCCUUUACACGGAUCAGUCGUCCUGGUCCCUUUGCAGAAAAACAGCCCCAAAGCAUGAUGUUUGCACCCCCAUGCUUCACAGUAGGUAUGGUGUUCUUUGGAUGCAACUCAGCAUUCUUUGUCCUCCAAACACGACGAGUUGAGUUUUUACCAAAAAGUUAUAUUUUGGUUUCAUCUGACCAUAUGACAUUCUCCCAAUCCUCUUCUGGAUCAUCCAAAUGCACUCUAGCAAACUUCAGACGGGCCUGGACAUGUACUGGCUUAAGCAGGGGGACACGUCUGGCACUGCAGGAUUUGAGUCCCUGGCGGCGUAGUGUGUUACUGAUGGUAGGCUUUGUUACUUUGGUCCCAGCUCUCUGCAGGUCAUUCAUUAGGUCCCCCCGUGUGGUUCUGGGAUUUUUGCUCACCGUUCUUGUGAUCAUUUUGACCCCAUGGGGUGAGAUCUUGCGUGGAGCCCCAGAUCGAGGGAGAUUAUCAGUGGUCUUGUAUGUCUUCCAUUUCCUAAUAAUUGCUCCCACAGUUGAUUUCUUCAAACCAAGCUGCUUACCUAUUGCAGAUUCAGUCUUCACAGCCUGGUGCAGGUCUACAAUUUUGUUUCUGGUGUCCUUUGACAGCUCUUUGGUCUUGGCCAUAGUGGAGUUUGGAGUGUGACUGUUUGAGGUUGUGGACAGGUGUCUGUUAUACUGAUAACAAGUUCAAACAGGUGCCAUUAAUACAGGUAACGAGUGGAGGACAGAGGAGCCUCUUAAAGAAGAAGUUACAGGUCUGUGAGAGCCAGAAAUCUUGCUUGUUUGUAGGUGACCAAAUACUUAUUUUCCACCAUAAUUUGCAAAUAAAUUCAUUAAAAAUCCUACAAUGUGAUUUUCUGGAUUUGUCUGUCAUAGUUGACGUGUACCUAUGAUGAAAAUUACAGGCCUCUCUCAUCUUUUUAAGUGGGAGAACAUGCACAAUUGGUGGCUGACUAAAUACUUUUUUUCCCCCACUGUACUUAAAAUACUGCACUGUUUACAUUAGUAUAUUUACUAAGUUUACCAUGUCAACAACUUCCAUAGCCUCUGUUGGUUAUUGCCAUGUGAACACACAUGUCCUGCUACAGUGUAUAGCCCAUUCUUUAAUACACAAGCCUGUUCUAGCUUGUUAGUCAUUUUAAGCAUAUCAGUGCUAUAGUCUAAGUUUUACCUCUGUUUUCAGAACCACAAUCCUUGUCAGACACAAUUAGUUUCAGAGUGGUGUUGGAUGUGUGUGUGUGGAUCAUUUAUUAAACCCCCUGAAACUGAAAUGUUGGUUCCUCGUGUUCUGGAUGGACACCCUGUGGUGGUUGCUACCGGCCUAAAACCAGCACCCACGUAUUUAAAUGAUCUUUCGAUUCUAUAACCUAGCCAUAUUUUUCAGUUCCUAUUGGGCAAAACAUUAUCCAAAAGACACCUCAAAUUCAUCCAUCAAGUUUGUAGUGUCAGUUUGACUACUUUAAUUCACUAUAAGGGAAUUUGUCCAAAUACUUAUGACUUCUUCAAAUGGAGGGACUAGAUACAUAAAGUGCUUUCAUUUUUAAAUGGUGGAACAGAUGUGUAUGAAAAUAUCCUCAAAUAAAAGCUGGCAUUCUGUACUGUCGCUUAAUAUUAAACAUUAUCUCUCAAAUGUAAAAGGCUGGAGUGUAGAGCCAAAUAAAAAUGUUUAACUUCACUGUACAAUAGCAUAUAGAGGGAAGUGUAGAUCAUGUUUUACAAUAUUUGUUUUCCUUCAAACCUCAGGGUUGGGCCCUGGGGAGAAUGUCUGAGACUUUAAAGUCAGGCAAUGGCUUUGACUAUCUGUCACGAUCGCUUAAGGAGGAGGACCAAGGCGCAGCGUUGCGGGUGAACAUAUUUAUAUUUAUUGACUAGAUCACACGAUCAAAACAAAGAACGAAACGUGAAGUCCUUCGAUACACAAACCAAAAGGAACAAGAAACCACAAAACACAAAGUGCAAGACAAACAGUUAAAUAUGGCUCCCAAUCAGAGACACCCAGCUGACACUCGUUGCCUCUGAUUGGGAGUCACUCAGACCAACAUAGAAAAUUAAACAUAGACUUACACACCCUGGCUCAACAUAACAUAGUCCCCAGAGCCAGGGCGUGACAGUACCCCCCCCAAAGGCGCGGACUCCGGCCGCGCCAAAUAACCACAACAGGGGAGGGACCGGGUGGGCACUCCGCCUCGGCGGCGGAUCCGGCUCCGGACAUGACCCAGGCACGGGUUGUGCUGGACUGACGACGCACACCCCUGGCUUGAUGCGUGGAGGAGGAACGGGCCGGACCGGGCUGACGAAGCGCACCCCUGACUUGGUGCGGGGAGCAGGAAUGAGCCGGACCGGGCUGACGACGUGCACCACUGACCCGUUGCGGAGAGCAGGAACGGGCCGUGCCGGACUGACGACGCACACCACUGGCUUGGUGCGGGAAGCUUGGAUGGGCCGGACUGGGCUGGCGACGCGCACCACAGACUUGGUGCGGAGAGCAGGAACGGGCCAUGCCGGACUGACGACGCACACCACUGGCUUGGUGCGGGAAGCUUGGAUGGGCCGGACUGGGCUGGCGACGCGCACCACAGACUUGGUGCGGAGAGCAGGAACGGGCCGUGCCGGACUGACGACGCACACCACUGGCUUGGUGCGGGGAGCUUGGACGGGCCGGACCGGGCUGGCGACGCGCCCCACAGACUUGGUGCGGAGAGCAGGAACGGGCCGUGCCGGACUGACGACGCACACCACUGGCUUUGUGCGGGGAGCUUGGACGGGCCGGACCGGCCUGGCGACGCGCACCACAGACUUGGUGCGGAGAGCAGGAACGGGCCGUGCCGGACUGACAACGCACACCACUGGCUUGGUGCGGGAAGCUUGGAUGGGCCGAACUGGGCUGGCGACGCGCACCACAGACUCGGUGCGGAGCGAAGGAACGGGCCGGGCUGGGCUGUCGACGCACACCGUAGGUUUGGUGCGGGGAGCAGGAAUAGACCGGACCGUACUGGGGACACACACCACUGGCUCUACACCGGGAUCUGGAACGGGCCGGACUGGACUGGCAACACACGCCAGUACCUCUCGCCGUGCCUCUACACCUUCCAUCCCCUCUUCUACCAGUGGCCCCCGUAACCUGGCGGCCUCCUCUGCAACCCCGCUGGACCGCUCCAUAGCGGCCUCCUCCUGCCCGACGUCGUGAGCCCCCCCCUAAAAAUUUUCUGGGGGUCUCUCCUCCCCGUGGACCAGGCCUCCAACAUUCUCGCCCACCUCUCGCUCCUCUGUCUCCAACCCUCGUCACUCAGCUCCUCAAUGGGCUUGACCCAGUCGAAGCUGCCACGGAGAUCUAUUAGCGAUGGCUCCUGGACACGCUGCUUGGUCUGGUCUUGGUGGUUUCUUCUGUCACGAUCGCUUAAGGAGGAGGACCAAGGCGCAGCGUUGCGGGUGAACAUAUUUAUAUUUAUUGACUAGAUCACACGAUCAAAACAAAGAACGAAACGUGAAGUCCUUCGAUACACAAACCAAAAGGAACAAGAAACCACAAAACACAAAGUGCAAGACAAACAGUUAAAUAUGGCUCCCAAUCAGAGACACCCAGCUGACACUCGUUGCCUCUGAUUGGGAGUCACUCAGACCAACAUAGAAAAUUAAACAUAGACUUACACACCCUGGCUCAACAUAACAUAGUCCCCAGAGCCAGGGCGUGACACUAUCCACUGACAGGAGGGGAAGAAACUGAGGGUGACUUAUUUUACUGUUUAGAAUAUUGGCUAAUAAAGGAGAUUUGUCAAAUCAAGAUUAUUUUAAUAUGCAUUAUGCAGAGUAGUAGCAACAUACUGUAGUGGCAUUGUUUGCUUUAAAAGUGUUAAUAUUAAUUUGAUCUCCUCACAGAGGGUUUCGGGCAUGAGGAUGCUGGCAUUGUCUCUCAGGUGAGAAUGUGGAUCUUACAACUUAGUGUCCGUUUCAUUCCUCAAUAACUAAUCAUUGUUGUCAUCCAUGUAAAUAUAUUUUUCGGACAGCCUAAAUAUCCUGCAAGUCUUCCAGUUCUGGAGUUUCCAAAGUCUUUGGUAGGUCUGGUGAGAAGGAAAAGGGAUUGGGUCAUUCCUCCCAUUAACUUCCCAGAGAACGACAGAGGCCCCUUCCCCAAGAGUAUGGUGCAGGUGAGUGAUUGUAGGUUUAUGUUGGCAGGAAAUCUGGUUGGUUCAGGAUUUUGCUCUGGUUUUAACAUUGUUAAUAUUUACAUUCAGAUCAGGUCCAACAAUGAUAAAGAUGUGAAGAUCCAGUACAACAUCACUGGUCCUGGAGCAGAUCAACCCCCUGUGGGACUGUUCACUGUGGACAAAAACUCUGGGGUUCUCUAUGUGACCCAGCCUUUGGACAGAGAGAGACAAGACCAAUAUCCAGUAAAGUUUGUAAACAAGACAAAUAUAUGUUAAUGUUUGUAAACAAGACAAAUAUAUGGUAAUGUUUGUAAACAAGACAAAUAUAUGGUAAUGUCUGUUUGUGUUUUGUCUUUUGAAUUCUAGAACUUUGAAUGCAUGUGUUAUUUUGAUUAAGUUAUUAUAUUUUUUCCCCUUUAGCUUGUGGUUCAUGCUGUUGCAGUUGGUUCGGGUGAAGCAGAAAUGCCCAUUGAGAUUUAUUUUACAGUAAUUGAUAUGAAUGACAACGAGCCGGUAUUCACCCAAGAUCCUUUUACAGGGAGUGUCCCUGAAGCAUCCCUACCAGGUUUGUCUCAGUCAACAUUUAGUCAGAUAUCAUAAGCUGAGGUUUAGGAUAAAAGUAAUGUAUCAAUAUUCAAUCUUUUUUUUUCUUGAUGUCAUCCAUGAAAAUAAUGUAUUAUGUUGAAAUAUUUUAUUCUCAGGCCUUGAGGUCAUGAAGGUAACAGCCACCGAUCCAGAUAAGCGUGGCUCAGCCAAUUCUGAUGUCAGAUACACUAUUAUAAGUCAAGACUCUGAACAGCCGAGUCCCAACAUGCUUGUCAUCAACCCUGUCACAGGCUGGAUUCGGGUCAAUGCUGCUGGACUGGACAGAGAG